AUGAAAAAGAAAGAAAACAAACUAGACUCUCCUAGUGAUGAGAUCAUUAAUUCAAAAUCUUCCUUACGUGGUCAAUUGACAUACGUAGGAGAACUGAAUCCAAGCUUCAGUGCCAACUGCAAUGUUCUAUCGUUGUUACUUUCUAGGGAUGACGGCGUUGAUUUCAUUCCCCAGAUCACUAAGAUAGUGACGUUCCUGGCAAAUAAAGCAUUCAAUGGAAACAUAAAGGACAAAUGGCAAUGGGUCCUGGGACGGUAUUUGCGAAAUUACAUCCUCGCCGUUUUGGCCUUGUCGUCAAUGGUGAAAUUGCCUUUCGUACGGCAACUGGACAAGGGACAGAUUAUCUCCAAGAUGGCCGUGGGGAAGUCGUUUCUAUACGCGAACCGAGACAAGUGGGCGAAAGGCGAGCACAUAUGGAUAGAGAAAGUUACAUACAGUUCAGACAUUCUCAGCGAGGCAUGCUGCCUAGCCGCUUCAUUAGUGCCUAUCCCCUUCAUAAUCGAGCCGGAACCAGCCGCUGCCAUAAGCCCUUCAUUAGCAGGAAAUGGAUUCUUGGUUCCUGAAAAACUAUUGAUAGGGAUGAGGAAAGCUGGAAGCCUGAUAGCUCACACCCCUCUAUUCCGCACAACGCAGCCGAGCACCUUGAGGAUUGCUGAGAUGCAAGCAUGUUUUGCCAUGCAAGAUUUACAACAACGGCCAUUGUAUGUUUUCCCAAGGACGGCUAAGGGCAAGGACAAGUAUACUUUCGUCGUGCCACUAGCCCUCACGCCGUGUGCGGAGUCUCAGGGCUGCUCGACGAGUCUCUUCGUUCUCUACGGGAUGAUGGUCCUAUCGAUAUUACUAAACUUCCGCGCGGACGAAUACAUGGAGGGGGCGUUCGAAAAGAAUUUUACGACAGACCUAGAUUCUAUUCGCCGCCUUGUUAAACAGCCUUUUACAGACUUCCAGCCCAAAGUACAGAACGUCACCGCUACUAAUGGCAACGGAGUAUCGACGAAACAACACUAUCAGAGUUCUAGCUCGUUCAAUAACGAUCUUCCUACAGAUGAUGUCCUGUCACGCUUCUUGCGACAGAUUCUAGAACACCCAGCAGUCCAACUAUGUCCCGGUCGGCUCCAAGCACGGCUCGCUUUCGACCUGCAAACGUUCCUCCUAUCCCACGUCACACAAGCCGAAGACAACAUCCGUCUUCGCGCAGCAUCAAGAUUAAAUGGAAGCUCUACACUUCAAAAUAAAAGCGACGCCUGCAACAGACCAGGCCGGUCCUUCUACCGCUGGAUCCGGGACGUCUCGGCAGACCACACAUCCUGCCCCUAUUCCUUCGUGUUCUUGGAAUGUCUCGUGCACGCCACGUUAUCUAAUCCUAGCCCGUAUAUCUACCAGAUGCGUACCAAUCCUCAUGCUUUAGCCGGUGCGCGCGCCGCUUACCUUGCCGAGGAUGCCUGUCGCCAUCUCGCGAGUCUUUGCCGAAUGUAUAACGACUAUGGAUCCCAGGCGCGCGACGCAGAGGAGCAAACACUAAAUUCUCUUGACUUCCCCGAGUUUUCGCGCGGUAUCAAGACACCAAUACCGGGGCAAGACACAACUAUGUCCUUCUCAUCCUCCUUAUUGUCUGCGCCUGAAAAGGCUAAGGCAGAGCUCUUGUGGAUCGCGGAAUAUGAGCGUCGCGGACUCGAGACUGCGAUGAAGCUUCUGGCAGAAGAGUUGGGGCCCGGUGAGCUAAUUGAUGCGCUGGAGAUGCUUGUUGAUGUGACGGAUUUGUAUGGCCAGAUUUAUGCUGUGAAGGAUAUUGGGACACGGACGCGGUAG